AUGCCACGUCCCGAACUAGCACGCGAUCCGUAUAAUGAUCAACGCAUCCACGUUCUACAAUGUAUUCACGAUGCAAUCUACUAUCUUCGCCAUGGGCCGCAUCGUCGCAACGACGUGCUUGACACGCUAGCAGAAGUUGCUGGCAUGACAGCCCUGAGCAUCUCCAGUGCGGUUUUGGAAGGUGAUCCUCAGUUCGAACGGCUUUGCCGUAAUCUUGAGCUUAUCUUGCCCGUCUCAAUCAGAAUUCUCAACAAGCAUAAUGACCGCCAAACAGACAGAGAGGUCGGUGAUGAUCUGAUUAGCUGCAUUCCUACCGUUUUGCAACAGCCCGAUCAAUGGAAUCCCGAGGUUGAGGAGAUCUCUGACGAGGAAGAAUUUGUGCGGCAAGAGCGGCAGGAUAGGGAGCGACAGAACAGAUCCCGACAUCGCCAUCAUCGUAAUCAUCACAAUCACCACCACCAUCACUGA